AUGCAUAUCGAGCCCAAGGAUGAAAUCAUUGAACCAAAAGCCAAAGACGAGUCGGGAAUCGUCAAUCUCGCCCACUGUCGAGCUCUUGGCCCUAGCUACCGACUUCUUCCAAAACUUGAGAGACAGAAACCUUGCAGCGGCCGUGAUGAACUUUGCCAGAGUGUACUUAACGAUGAGUGGGCUUCGCAUCCUACCUGGGCUUCGGAAGAUUCUGGUUUUGUCGCCCAUCGUAAAAACCAACAUGAAGACUCUUUACAUCGUGUUGAAGAAGAUCGCCAUGAUUACGAUCACUACAUCGAAGCCGGAAUCCGGACAAUUCAGUUAAUGGAGGCUUUGCUGCAGCAAGUCUCGGUUAUGAGCGAAACUGACCGGGCGAACUUUAAACUACCACCGGGGUUAGGUGGCCAAAGCGAAACCAUCUACAAGAAGGUUAUCAAAAAGAUCUAUGAGAAGGAAUAUGGUCUUCGCAUCCUUGAGGAGCUGUUUUUAAACCCGUCUCAGGUUCUCCCUAUCGUUAUUGCUCGCCUAAAACAAAAGAUUGAAGAAUGGAAGCUCAGCCAGCGUGAAUGGGAAAAGGUCUGGCGGGAGCAAAUGCAAAAGGGAUACUGGAGGAGUCUUGACCAUCAAUCCUCUAUUAAUAAGAAAGACGACAAGAAGCUCCUCACAACGAAACACUUCCAAGCGGAAAUACAGGCUAAAUUUGAAGAAGCAAGAGCACUUCGUCGAAGCGGAUAUCCGGUACUUAGUUACCAAUUCAAGCAUACUUUCACCGACUCGGAAGUUAUCCUUGACGCCACACACCUGGUACUUUGCUACAUCGAUCAUAAUUCAGCUGGUUUCGGCACCGAUCCUCAAAAGGUGAUGAAUUUCGUGAGAGACUUCAUCCCUGUAUUUUUUGGUAUGGAUCGAGACGCAGUGAGAACAUACCUGAGCGAAGUUUACGACACCACUCCCGUUAAUGAAGACAUGGAUAAUGAAAGUGUGCCAUCCGAUGAAAUAAAUGGGCUUCGUACUCGACGUAUGGUUAAUAGUAAAAAGUUGGACCUUCUACGUGACGUCCUCGAUAAUCGUGGUGAUAAGUCAUUGAGACCUGAUGGUGACAAGUUUACACCGUCGAUUAGCCGUUUUUCCACUCCAGGACUUGGGUCCACUACUGGUUCAACUCCGGCGCCUGAUUCUAAUGGGACUUUCGAUUCCGCUGAGCUACAGUGGAUGGAACAUCCUAAUCAAGGGAACUUCAACCAACAGCGCGAGUACCCAUUGAAUGAGCCUUAUAAGAAAAAAGUGCAUCAUCUUUACGGAAAUCUAACCAUUUACUGCUUCCUUCGCACCUUUGAGAUGCUAUAUACGCGCCUCUUGCACUUAAAGGGAGGUGAAGAAGCGGCCCAUGAAGAAUUGCGUCGCGCAAUCGCCCCCAAAGCAGCUCACGAUUUAGGAAUGUUGGACAAGAUACCAAAAGAGUUCUUUUAUGACACGGAUCCAAAAUCGAAUCUUUAUCAGCAAAUGAUCCGCAUGUGCGAAGAAGUUGUGAAAGGUAACGCAGACACCUCUCACCUAGAAGAGAUUUUACGCCGCUUCUACAACAGAAACCGUGGCUGGGAGCUUUACACGCUUGAUAAACAACUCGCCGCGAUCGCAAAAUUUGCAAGUAAUAUCUUCAACACGGAUCCAAAAGACAAGAGCGCCGACAUUGUGAAUCUUUUCUUCAAGGAGAGGGACAAGGAAGAGACGACUCAUAACCACGAAAUUCAGUACCGCAAGCAGGUGGAAAAGAUGAUAAAGGAUGGAGAUAUCUACCGUAUCUCUUACGUACCCACUUCAAGCACUGCAACAAUUCAGCUCUUCACUACUGAAGACAGCACCCUCGAAAAUAACGAUUUGACGCCAGAAGCGAAGUGGUCCUAUUAUGUAUCUGCGUAUAGCAUGCGUGACCCUACCGAGGGGGUUUUAUUUUCCGAUAUGCGCAUUCCGUUCCUAAAACGUAAUCUGCCUCCAAAGCUGGAAUCUGAUGAAGAGUACAGCCAGUUCUUCAGGCCCCUGAUCAGCAACGAGGGCUUGGUAAUUCGGAUCUGCGCCAAUAGCUAUCACAUUCUCUACGAGCCGGGAACAGAGGAAUGGUGGUGCCGCAUUCCACAACCAAAAGAUACUCAAAAGAGCGCUAUCGGGGAUCAUACCGUGGUCAAGGAAAAGCGGAAGGAACGUUUCAGGGAAAAGUUCAUGAACAAUUCUAGUUGGGUCCACGGCUUGAACGAGGAAGAAGUUGAGGAAUCAAAACAGCGGUUCAGAACAUGGGUUGGAGCUACCGAUAAAGAUAGCCCGCACUCGGAGAAAAGCCCAGUGGGAAAGUCCGAAGAUCAACAGGAUAAUGUGGAUGAGGUUAUGACUAAUGCUGAUUGA